CCGACGACCAAGACCAGAGUCUGGUGCCGGACAAGGAGGGGGUGAAGGAGCUCGUGGAUAGGCUCUGUGAGAGGGACCCUUACCAGCUGUACCAGCGGUUGGAACAACAGGCCAGAGAGUAUGUGCUGGAGAUGAAGGUCCGACUCCUCCGGCAGCUGUCGGCUGCAUCCAAAGUGAAAGCCCCGUCUGCCCUGCAGGGCCCUCCACAGGCACACCAGUUCAUCUCCCUCCUUCUCGAAGAGUACGGUGCCCUCUGCCAGGCGGCACGCACAAUCAGCACCUUCCUUGGCACGCUGGAAAACGAACACUUGAAAAAGUUCCAGGUGACGUGGGAGCUGCAUAAUAAACAUCUGUUUGAAAACCUGGUCUUUUCAGAGCCACUUCUCCAGAGCAACUUGCCGGCACUGGUGUCACAGAUCAGGCUGGGGACCACAACACACGACACGUGCAACGAGGACACGUACAGCACCCUGCUGCAACGGUACCAGCGCUCCGAGGAGGAGUUGCGCAGGGUGGCUGAGGAGUGGCUGGAGUGCCAGCAGAGGAUCGACGCCUAUGUCGAUGAGCAGGUGAGUGCGUGCUGCCAGGAGAUGUUGUGGGCCAGGCACUGGGACUUAUUCUUGGAAUGGAAGGAGGCACACUGGCUUGAGGAGCAGCUAACCAGCAAGAAAGCAGUUGCUGGUGAGAACAAUUUCACGGACGCCAUGAGGCACAUGUUGUCCUCCCGGCUGAGCAUGCCCGACUGCCCCAACUGCAACUACAGGAGAAGAUGUGCUUGUGAUGACUGCAGCCUCUCGCACAUCCUCACUUGUGGUGUCAUGGACCCCCCCGUCACUGGCGACAUCCACAGUCACCAGCUGCCCCUCCAAGUGGAUUCUGCUCCCGACUAUCUCUCUGAGAUGCGCCCACCUAGCGUGUCCUCAGCAAGCUCAGGGUCAGGUUCCAGCUCUCCCAUUACAAUUCAGCAACAUCCCAGACUCAUCCUCACAGACAAUGGCUCUGCACCAACUUUUUGUAGUGAUGACGAAGACGUUGCGCCAUUGUCAGCUAAGUUUGCUGAUAUUUAUCCAUUGAGUAACUACGACGAUACUGAGGUGGUGGCCAACAUGAAUGGAAUCCACAGCGAAUUGAAUGGUGGCGGGGAAAACAUGGCUCUGAAAGAUGAGUCCCCUCAGGUAAGCAGUACCAGUAGUAGCUCUUCAGAGGCUGACGACGAAGAGGCAGAUGGCGAAAGCAGUGGGGAGCCGCCGGGAGCCCCAAAGCAAGACGUGGCUCUAGGCAAUGGGAGCCCCAGGAAAGAGGAAAGUAAAGUGGACAGUCCACCCCCAUCUUACCCAACUCAGCAGGCUGAACAAACUCCAAACACUUGUGAAUGUCAUGUUUGUAAACAAGAAGCCUCUGGACUGACAGCAUCAGCAAUGACAGCUGGCGCCCUUCCUCCCGGCCAUCAGUUCAUGAGCCCAGAGAAGCCCACACACCCUGCUCUGCAUCUUUACCCCCACAUCCACGGACAUGUGCCUUUGCACGCAGUCCCACACCUGCCCCGCCCUCUCAUCCACCCCACCUUGUAUACAGCACCCCCCUUCACACACAGUAAGGCUUUACCGCCAGCACCUGUUCAGAAUCACACAAAUAAGCAUCAGGUAUUCAAUGCAUCUCUUCAAGACCAUAUUUAUCCAAGCUGUUUUGGGAAUACUCCAGAGUGGAAUAGUUCUAAAUUUAUAAGUCUUUGGGGAUCAGAAGUGAUGAAUGAUAAGAACUGGAAUCCUGGCACUUUCUUGCCAGAUACAAUUUCUGGGGGUGACAUGCUAGGGCCAGCGCUGUCCGAACCCAGACCCGAAGCCCUCCCGCCUCCGCCCAGCGAUGAGGCGCCCACCAUGUCGGAGAGCAAGGAGAAAAAAAGUGCCGCCAAACAGAAGUGCUUAUACAAUUUCCAAGACGCCUUCCUGGAGGCGAACAAAGUCGUGAUGGCCACGUCGUCCGCCACCUCCUCCGUAUCCUGCACAGCCACCACCGUGCAGUCAAGCAACAGCCAGUUCAAAGUGUCAUCCAAGAGGCCUCCCUCCCUAGGCGAGGUGUUCCACGGCGUCAGCAAGGAGGACCACAGACAUGCGGUGCCGGCCGCCCCGAGGAACAGCCCCACGGGCCUGGCGCCGCUCCCCGCCCUCGCCCCUGCCGCCCUCGCCCCUGCCGCCCUCGCCCCUGCCUCCUCGCCUCACCUCGCAAGUCUCGCGGCCCCGUCCUUCCCCAGCACCGCGGCCACGUCUCCCGGGUUUGUGGACACGCGCAAGAGCUUCUGUCCUGCUCCCGGAGCCCCCCCGCCCCCCACCACAGACAGCUCCCUCAGCGCCCCCCCCAGCGUCUGCAGUGACCCCGACUGCGAGGGGCACCGCUGUGAGAACGGCGUGUAUGACCCGCAGCAAGACGACGGGGACGAGAGUGCUGACGAGGACAGCUGCUCCGAGCACAGCUCCAGCACCUCGACCUCCACCAACCAGAAGGAGGGCAAGUACUGUGACUGCUGCUACUGUGAGUUCUUCGGGCACGGCGGGCCUCCGGCUGCACCAACAAGUAGGAAUUAUGCAGAAAUGAGGGAGAAGCUUCGUUUGCGGCUGACCAAGAGGAAAGAGGAACAGCCUAAGAAAGCGGACCAGCUCUCCGAGAGGGAGGGUGUGGUUGACCAUCGCAGGGUGGAGGACCUUCUGCGGUUCAUAAACAGCUCCGAGCCCAAGCCAGUGAGCAGCACCCGAGCCGCCAAGCGAGCCAGGCACAAGCAGAGAAAGCUGGAAGAGAAGGCGCGCCUGGAAGCAGAGGCCCGGGCCCGGGAGCACCUGCACCUCCGGGAGGAGCAGCGGCGGCAGGAGGAGGAGGAGGAGUUUCAGCGGCUUCAGGAGCUUCAGAAGCUGAGGGCUGUGAAAAAGAAGAAGAAGGAGAGGCCAAGCAAAGACUGUCCCAAGUUGGACAUCCUUGCUAGAAACUUCCAGGCAGCAGCAGAGUCUGUACCUGACUCUGAAAACAUGCACAAUGGCUCACUAGAGCAAAUGGAAGAACCAGAGACCUCACCUCACUCCCCUUCCAGACACGGGGACCACUCAGAGCCGGGGCCGGGGCCGGGGGCCGACGGCGACGCCACCGACCCCAUGGACGCCAGAGACUCCAAGCUCCUCCUCCCGAAGGAGGUCAGCGGGAAGCAGCAGGAGCCGCUGUCUUUUCUCCUUGACAUCAUGCAUCAGCACAAGGAGGGGAGUGGCAAGCAAAGGCUCAAGCAGACCAGUAAGGCCAGCAGCGAGCCGGCAAGAAGGCCGGCCGAGCCCCCCAAGGCCUCCGAGAGCCAGCCCAGACCGCGGCCCCAGACUGAGUCGAAGGCAAAAGUCCUGGACCUCGCUUCCCUGGCAGAGCAGAAAAGAGAGGAGAGGAAAGUCAACAGUAACAACAAUAACAAAAAGCAGCUGAACCACGUCAAGGAAGAAAGGUUGAAUCUGGCCCCCCAGGAGCCUGCCUCCCCCAGCGAGCACCCUCAGGACAGCAAGCUGGUGCCCGCAGACUCUCCUCAGCCCAAGGGCAAGAGCAAGAAAAACAGGAAGAAGAAAGGAGACAGAGUCAGCAGCUCAAUCGAUGAUGUCUUUCUGCCUAAAGAUAUCGACCUAGACAGCGUGGACAUGGACGAGACCGAGAGGGAAGUGGAGUAUUUCAAAAGAUUCUGUUUGGAUUCGGCUAGACAGACCCGACAAAGACUGUCCAUCAACUGGUCCAAUUUUAGCUUGAAAAAGGCCACUUUUGCCGCCCACUGA